AUGAUUUUGGGAACUACAGAACUAAAAUUAGAUAAUGCUACACAUGAUCCUGCUGUUAGUCAUGAGGAAUAUAUGUGGUUAUUAAAAUCUUUUCGUGAUUAAAUUGAUGUUGAUACAAUUGAAGUAGGUAGAGAUGUAAAAUCUAAAUGGAGUGGAGUUGGACCUUUAGUUUCUUCAAGCAAUACUUUUACCACUAAUGAAAUUUCAACUCAAUUUUUGUUAUCUUCUUAAUUUUUAGAUUUCCAUCCCAUUCAAAAUAUUUUAAAAGAAUAUUUAUAAGAUUUAUUAAAUCUCAUAUUUAAGUUCUUACUUAAACAUAUAAUAUUUAUGAACAUCUAUAUCAGUCAUCGAAGAUAAAUGGACCAUUUUUAGAUUGAUGGGUGAAUAAACUGCAGAUAAGAUUUAAUACUUGAUUAGAAACAUUUAUCGAAAAAUUAAGAAUCUACCAAAAUUAGUUGGGAUGGGACAUAAUUUGAUCAUAAAAAGAAAUCUAAGUUAUGAUGCAAUGUUUGAUUUACCAUAAUCAUAUGAUGCUUAUUUCAUAAUUAUCUAUGGAGACAGAACUUAUGAUGUAUUAAAAUAUAUCUAUGAAAACCAGAAAAUAAGGAGAGUUUGCAAUACUAUUAGACAAAUCUUGUAUUAGAUAAAAUAUCAGUAAGCCAGAAAACCAUAAGAUAUUUUGUUUAGUAGAAUAAAAUUAGGAUUUUUAGCUUAAAAUAAUGCAUUUUAAGUUUACGAAAAGGUAUUCUAAAUUAUGGUUAAAGAAUUGAAAUAUGGUCUGAUUAAUUUUAAAAGUAGUUUUUAAAAGAGAAUUUUGAGUAGAUUAGAAAUAUGA